AUGGAUACUAUUGAGGGAUUUGUGGUUAUUACUUUAGGCUUGGUCUGUACGAUCGGAAACUUUUCUUGUAUGGUACUUAUUGUUUGUCACAGAAAAUUCCGUAAAACAACUAUAGUUAUUCUAUGUCAUCACUGCUUUCUUGAUUUGGUCAAAUCUCUUUACCUCUAUCCUUACGGAUAUAGUUUAAUGACGUCACUUCCCGCUCCUUACUGCAAUUGGAUUGGUUCUUCAUAUGUGUUUAUAGUAACAACGUCUGCUUACAACAUGAUGGCGCUCGUUGUUAACCAAGAUUAUGAACUCUUGCUUCCACGGUACAGGCAAGAUGAUUGUUCAUGUGUUUUAUUUGGAAUUUUUAUUAUUUGGUUUGUAAGUUUUUUACUUAAUCUCGGAAUUUCGAUUAUUCCAUCAAAUACAGACUUUAACGCUGAAAUCGGAAUAUGUUUAUUUCUUUACGGGUAUAAUUACAGUUACAUUAUUCAUGUUCUGUGGAUAAUCUUAGUGACCAUAGCUGUGUCGUCUUCGUUAAUGUUUUUCUGUAGAAUGCGUGGAAAGUUAAUCACUGAUAUGAAAAGGUACAAAUGGCGACAAAUUCACGAGUCUCUCACAGACGAAUUCGAAAAAAAUCUUGAUUUUAAUAUCGAAGACGGAGAGAAAGAUGUUAGCAUGAAGGCACAACGUAAAGCUAUUCUUUUACAAUUAAGGACAACGAGAAUUUUUAUGUUGAUUGUUAUUUCAUUUAUAGCCUUUUGGUAUCCUCUUUUCAUACUUACACUUGGCGAUUUCCAUUUCCAAGUAACUCCAUCAGUAUAUCGAAUACUAACGAUAAUAGCGUGGAGUCAUCCUAUCACAACGCCAAUAUUGUGUAGCCUUGUUUUACGUGAUAUUGAAUUCAAAGGAUAUACUCUAAGAGAUAUUUCCUCAAAUUUGAUUCCCUUGCGACGGAUUUCUUCGCGAAGACAUCAUUAUAAAAAUUCAGAUAUCUUCGAUUUUGACUGUAAAUUCCAUUUAGAUAGCGAGGUAUCAGACGAUCAUUUACAUUCAGAAGAUGAAGAAUAUAAGUGCAUUGGAUUUGCAAAUCAACAAUUAAUUCCUGAUAAGGUAACAAGCACGGUAUGAAAACAAAGUUAUCGUUCUUUGUACAGUAGUAUCAGAAUUGUAGAGAUGAGAUCUUUUGUCAAAUAUGUACAGAAAAUUUCAAAAGUAAACUGCAAAUGCCAUAUAUUUUGUGAUAUGUAGCGUAAUUUUCAUGAAUAAUUCUCGUCCGUAAAAGAUCACAGUGAUCAGAUUUGCCAUUGUGAAAAUGGAACAAAUGUUCAAUUUGAAUUCUUCCUGGGGUAAAGUUCACGAUGAUAUGGCCCCGUUCUUUUGUUUAGCAUUGAACAAGUCGAUUUGUUGUAAAUGUUAUUUUAUCGCAUUUUGGCAAGGACUAUGUUUAGUGCGAUAUUGAAUAUUUCUGGAUGGAAAAACAGGAUUCGAUAGAUGAAUCUGUGAAUCUUGUCGAUACAUUUAACAUUGUCUGAGGAAUAUUAAACCAAGGUCAAAUGAAAAGGAAUUUUCAACAAAAGAGGAAAAAAGAUGAUUCCAAUAUUGACAUUUUUAACAAUUGUCGAUAAAGAACAUACCAGAAAUAUGACAACUAAAUGACACACCAUGAAGAAAAUUUUAUUUAUUAAAAUCCACACAGAUUUUAUUAUGAAAUGUCAGCACUGUUAAUCGUAUGAUAGUGCGAAAUUCGCUAAAUUCAUCGCAUCUAGUUUCAAGGUAAUCAAUUGUCAGCCGCGAGAUUUAAAGAUGAGAGCAAGAAAGCUUAACGAUAAUAUUCAGACUUCAAGAUAUAGAAUUUUUUUAUGAAAAUGACAUGCAUCAGAUAUUGAAUAAUAAUUAGGUUUUUAUAUGUAUAGAUGAAAACAUACGAGAUUAUCACGUUCAAGUGGUGAAACUUGCAGUAUCAGCUAAACUGUUAAACAAUCAUCAUUCUCAUGUUAUAAAGUCUUCCUUGCAAGGAAUGCAUCUGGGAUAGAGGUAUGGCGGUGAACAAGCAAAUAAAUUUCACCUACUCAAACUAGGCAUAGAUUUGAAGCUCUUGAAUGAGACAACAGAGUCAUUCUGACUUUUCGAUACCGGCUAUUGAUAUACUUAUGCGUACCGAUAAUGCUUAUAAAUCAGCAAAAUCAAUUUCUUCAGAUGGACACAAAAAAGAACAUGUAAAAUGUCUAUUUCCAUAGAUUUCAAAUUGUAUACACGUUACUAACAAUUUUAAAAUGUAUAUUAUAUAUAACCUUAUUAGUUUAAAUUGAUACAAGACAUGUGCGAACUGUCAUUAAAAUCGACAACGUUGAUAGAAUUCUGGAGGAAUAUAAGUUUGAUCAAAGAUGAACUAAUCAUUUACUAUCCCAAAUAUAUGUUUGUCCAACCGUUCAAUGAUAGUGUAAAGGUUGCAGAAAGAAAUGGCGAGUCUUCCGGAAGUAUUCCAAGUAGUCCGCAGCAUUUCCAUCUUGUAUUUAGAUAUAUUGGUGAUAGCGAUAACCAUUCCGGACGAUUUACUCCAGUAGUUAUCGUUUGCACCAAAGAAGGAGAAAUAAUUAUAUGUGUCUCACAUAUUCUUAAUCAGAAGUAGUUAAAUAUAUCUGCAAAAGCGGUAUAGAUGUCUACUGUUUGGAUAACGUAGCUUUAUAGAAAGAAAGACAAAACCUAUAAAAUACAACAAAACUACCAUAUAGACACGAGAAUGAACUAGAGAAUGUAAAAUUAUUCAUAUGUAAAUUAUA